UUCUCAUUAACGCUCUUCUUCUCUCAUACGAUGGUCAACAGUUUCUCGAUAAGUUCACUGUAUGAUGCGCCAUUCAAUAUUUGCGCCAGGGCGUUCUUCCUCAGAUACCCAAAUCCAUAUGCUGGGCAUAUCGUCAGCGUUGAUGUACUGAGUAGGGAGAUUACGCCAGACAAGAAGCUUAAAAGUGUUAGACUAAUACUCAAACGGGGUCAACUGCCGAAAUGGCUUCCGAAGAAUCUGGUCGAAAAGGCAGAAAGCUGGGUUUUGGAGGAAAGCAUUAUCGAUCCAUUGAAUAAGCGAUUAAAUAGCAAAUCCUACAAUGUAGAUCACAUAAAACUCAUGCGCUUGAUUGAAGAAGCCAGUUUCACAGCUGAGAAGACAAACACCACACGACAUGAGACAACGGCAACGGUAAUUAGUAACAUUGGUACAAGUACGUCGUCAUGGAUGGACAUUGGCGUUAAAGCUAUGCGAAGCCGUAUCGAAAAUUACACGAUAAAGCGAUUUCAGAAAGGAUUACACAAGCAGCGAGCGGGAUAUCUGCACACGCUCGACAAUAUCGGAGCCGGCUACGGUCAUAGUCUUAGUAGUCUUAAUGGCAGCACCUCAAUAUUCAAUAGACUUAGGAAUAUGUUGUAUAGUACAUAGAAUUAUUUACAUUACUCGCCUACGAGCUUCUGCACACGCUUGAGAACGCUAUCUUUUUCGGGAUCAUAUGGAUGAUCCUUCGAUGGUAUUUCUAGUAGCGCUGGGAAUGCCUCUGUGUGUCUCUCCACUAAUGGGCGUAUGAGCUCAGCGAUGUGCUGAUUAAUCAGUAAUAUCGCAAUAUCGUCUCUCUCUUGUGUAAACUCCCUGAAAUGCUCCUCUAAAACGCUGCGUUGUGCUUUUGGAUCGUGGACGUAGAAAUUCUUGCUGUUAUCGUAAACCUGACCAAUACCAGCUAAUAACAAUCCAGUUAUAGUAUCUUCAUCACCUAUUGCAGCUAUCAGUGUGCGUUUGUUCGUUGAGCUCAUCGUUGCAGCUCUUGAACCAGUGCAAUCACUAUCUAAUGGCAACCAAAGAGGACUACAAAUUGGAUAGCUUGCCCUAUUAUGAUAAGGAAUUAGAGAAUGAUACGAAACUUCGUGAUGCGGCUGCUAAGCUCAUAGCUGAUGAAUUGGCAAAUUCUGAGAGCAGAGACUUGAGUGGUGAAUUGGGUGAUGAUAUUUCAACAGGUUUUUUAACUUCGAGCGAUCUUCUAAGGCAGGAAAUGGAAAGAGCGGGAAAGGGAAUACAAUUAGACAGCUUUGAUGCUAGUAGAUACGCACUCGCUGAACCUGAAGUAGAGAAUGUAAGCGAGUGGAAAAAGUCAUACAACAACGCUGUAAUAGCGAGUGAAUACCAGCAAUUACGCUCUAGUAACCUCGAUUUACUCUCCGCGUUGGGUGCUAACGCCUGGAAACUCUCAAAUCACACCCUAGAUGCAGAUGCUCGCUCACUUGAACAACAAUCUGAACAGAUAAACAACAAAAUUAUCGAUAUAAACCGCUUACGUAAAUCUGAACAAACGAAAAUAGGUGAAAAUCUCAACACACUUGAGAAAUCCUGGGGUGGUCUCGUCAGUAACAACUUGGAAUUGGAAGUUGCAACAAUAGCCUUGGAAGUUGAGUUAGCACAACUCGCAGAGAGGGAACAGCAGCUGAGGGCGAGUCUACAGUAAUGGAUACGAGAUUUUAAGUUAUGUAUAUGCUUCAAGACAUGUAAUAUUACAAAACAGAUUGACUACAUCGCCAGAUGGCUAUGUUUCUAAAUAGUUGGUUGUGCUUUCGCGUAACUCUGCUCAUUCCGCCUUCCACCUUCGCCUUCAUCUUCACUAUCGCUGAAUUCAUCAUCACGCUGGAUGGUUUUAUCCCAAAGUCUCUGCGGACGCCUUUCAUUUGGGUCGUCGAGGUCUUCCCGUUUGUUGUCAUCGUCGUCGUCAUGAUUCAUUCGUGGGAUUGGCUGCAUUUGUACGCUAGGUGCGAAAUCUUUAUCGCGAAGAUUUUCAAAUAUGGCCGACUUGAGAUUAGAUAGGUAUGCAGAUGUAUUGAGAUCUUCCAUGUUAGAUGAAGGGACGUCUAAUUUGUAAGAAGGACCGAAGUAGUCGAUGUAUUCAGUUGUUGGUAGUGUUGGACUGAGUUCUUGGCCAGCUGCCAAUCCAGUUUCGUACGCCCAUGCUCGACUAACAUUUCGAAUGGUGUAUCCACCACCACCGAGCAUCAAAAGCGGGAGAUUAAAUUGUUUAACAAAUGAGACACAGUUCGCGUGUCCUCGCAUACUCAAGUUGAAACAACCAAGUUUGUCACCGCUUAGACUGUCUGAUCCACAUUGUAGAACUAUAGCUGAGGGUUUGUACCAUUCGACUACUUUACCGAUGACGGGCUCGAAAAUACUCUUGUAAUUAUCGUCAGUGAUACCAUCCCUUAGGGGCACAUUCAGAGAGUAUUUUCUUCCUUUGCCGAAACCAAUAUCCUACACCAUAUUAGAGAGGCUCACUGAUAAGUAGAGGACUAACCCUAAGAUCACCAGUGCCGGGGAAAUACUCUCCAAAUUUAUGAAAUGAUACUGUCAUAACCCUAUCAGUUGUGUAAAAAGCUUCCUCAACACCAUCUCCAUGGUGAAUGUCGAUAUCAAUGUAGAGAACUCUGUCGUGGUAUCUUAAUAGCUCUAGUAUACCCAAAACUAUAUCGUUUAUGUAGCAAAAACCAGACGCUUCAGCCUUCUUAGCGUGGUGAAGACCACCUGCCCAGUUUAUAGCGAUGUCUGUCUUGUUUCUACUCAGUCUGGCUGCACCUU